UUGGGGAUUCUUGAUUUAUCCUGUUUCUUAGUUUUCCAAGUUCUCAUCUAUUGGAAGUUUCUCUUUGUGUUGAAUUUUUUUUUUGUGUAGCUAUUUCAAAGAAGCUAUUGAUACCUUCUCUUUGUUUUACUUUCUGCUCGGCAAAGAUCUUGUUCUCUGUUUUUUAUUUCACGCGUUUCGCUUCCAUGGAGCUUGGAAUCGAGCUGAUGAUUCCCUGCUUUUUGUUUUUCUUUUCCCUGUAAUUUUUGAAAUUUGGGUUCAGAUAGUUGAGUUUUAAGUUUUUGAUCUUGAUGAUUUCGAUUUGGGAAGCUUUGAUAGUGAUAAUUUUUGUUGUUGUUCUAACUUACUCAUCUACCUUGGAGUCAGUUUUUUUUUGUCUUCCAUUUAUAUAUAUAUAUAUCUUGAAGCAUCGGCGAUUCGGUCACAUCGGUCUUCUGUUAUCGGAAGAUUUCUUUCCUGAGUAUUCCUUUUAUGGCGUUUCGCGAACUCAGCUCCUCGUCUUUGCUCCUUCGUUUCCAUUUCUUUUCCCCCGGUUUUCUACCAUGAUUAUCAUUUUCUCUCUCUAGCUAUCUAUCUUGUCUUACUUGAUAGUUGCUGACCACGUUUUGUCCAAAUCCUUCGUUUGUUGAUCGCAAGUGUACAUCUGUUUCUCCGGUUCGGCCAGUUUGAAAUAAAAAAAUCUUUGUGUGUUUGAACCUGAAUACGCAGACAGCCUUGCGUACGAUGUUAGCUCUGCUUUGUGGUUCAUCGUUUCGUGUUCCCCUUGAUCACGUGGGAUAUAAAAUCAUCAUCCUCGAGUUCGUCAUGUGUUGGUUCCCGGUUCAGUGAAAAGUAGGCUAAUGGGUUUCUGUCUCUUAUUGGAAAAUUCAUUAUCAGUUGGCAUUGUGUCCUUAAACUUGCACAAUAAUUUUACUUAAUGAUUUGAGUUUUGUCUCUUACAGAGGCCUUAGAUUUAGUAUAACCUUUUGCAUAUUCUAGGACCUUAAGUUGGACACAAUCUGUUGGUUGGGAACAUGAAGAGAACAGCAUAUAUAGUGCGACCGAGUCACAGAAGUAUUGGUGUCUAGCAACAAAAAGCCAAGCAAUUUUCAGGUUCCUUUCCAGUCAAUGUCUAAAGCAAUUGCAUGCCAUCUGAGGGCAUUGUUAGUGACGUAAGAAGGCCUGCAUAUAAAUGUCAGAGAAUGAAGAUACUGGGAGCCCAAGCUGGAGUGGCUCUUACAUUAUGCGAGCCACAGAGGAUGUUGUCAUAUCUGCUGCUAGUGCUGCAGCUUCUGUCCGCUCUCCACGUCCUUCUGUAGUAUAUUCAUGCAAAGAUGACAAUGGCAGCAACCAACUUCAGAAACUGCAACACCAAGUCACAAAAGCUUUAAAAGGGUCUUCACCUUCACAUGAAGCAAAGAAAGGUGCAUACAAUCCUGAAGUUCUCACUAGCCAAAAGCGUCAGUGGGCAAGGUUUCAACUUCAAUCAUUGGAUCAGAAGUGCUUGAAAGAGCCAUCAAGGCUAUUUGAGAGCAUGGUUGUUGUGGGUCUUCAUCCAAAGUCAGAUGUUCGUUCCCUUAAAGCGAUGCUGUCAGACAAGAAAAGUGAUGGCUUCAGGGGACUAAAAAUAUUUAAUCAGCAUAAUGAUUUCCAUAACACGCCGAUGCUUGAUCCUCAGAUUCUGUUUGUAUAUCCUCCGGAAAAACGGCUGCCCCUUAACCAUAAGGAUCUACUUUCUUUCUGCUUCCCUUCAGGAGUUGAGGUUCAUGCAGUAGAAAGAACUCCAUCGAUGAGUGAACUGAAUGAAAUUCUCCUUGGGCAGGAAAAUUUUAAACAAAAUGACCUCUCGUUUGUCUUCCGUCUACAGGUAGCUGAUGACUCAACGUUAUAUGGUUGCUGUGUCUUGGUUGAAGAAAUUGUUCAAAAGCCUUCAGGACUUAUUGCUUUGGGAUUGGAUGAGAAUUUCUCCCUUUCCUCUUUGGGGCAUCACAUUUUAACUACACCUCGAUGUUACUGCAUUCUGUCAAGGCUUCCUUUCUUUGACUUGCAUUUUGGAGUGCUAAAAAGCAUUUUCACUGAGGAAAGGUUGGAGCGGCUCACGGAAGGCAUUGAUGGGCUCAAUUUGGUUUCAGCUGAUACACAAUGUGACAAAGGCAAUGACGUAGAAACUUUUAUGCAUCAAACUACUGGAGAGCUCAAUGAACCUGCUGAACGUUCUGAAGUAAAUAUUCUAGUUUCUACCUCUGAAGAACCUGUAAAUGGAUGUUUCCAGGAGAAUCAUGUGUCAGGAAAGGACAACCAUGUCAUAAGAUCUGGCAUCAAUUGUCAACUGGUUAAGGCAGAUUAUGAUAUGGGAGCAUGCCAAGAAGAUUGUGGAAUAAGAAAUGGAUUUACGGUGCAAAGCCCAUGUUGGUAUAACCCAUCUUUAGACAGAUAUAUGAAAAAUAAAGAGAACGACCUGCAUGGUUCUGUUUCACCUAUACGAUGCCACACACUGGAGAGCUUUGAAACCUGUGCAAGUUACCAAGGUCCUCCAAGUGUGGUGAGAAACUUUAGAAGUAACAUGGAUGGUAUGGAGUCAGAAGAAGCUUCUUCUUCUGGGCAAGACGACUCCAGCAAUCAUGAGCACAUACUUGAGUGGGCUAAGGCAAACGGCCAUGGAUGUUUACAGAUAGUUUGUGAAUAUCAUCAGUUAUGCAGCCCUCAACGUGGAUCAUCUAUUACUUUCCAUCCUCUUGAGCAUUUGCAUUCGUUAAGUUUUGACAGGCCAGGAGAACCAGUCAUCCAUGUUCCUGGUUCAAGUAUCAAUUUGAAAUCCUGUAGAACAAGUUUGGAGGUCAAUGAGGCAUAUAAUGAGCUUUUGGCAGAGGAAGAGGCAAUAUGUUUAUCUGUAUGGACUGUUGCAUGCAUAUGUGGUAACCUGCGUCUUGACCAUGUAUUGGUGAUGUUCGCAGCUGCACUCUUGGAGAAACAGAUUGUUUUUGUUUGCUCUAACUUGGGGUUAUUGUCAGCUUGUGUUCUGUCUAUUAUACCUCUUAUACGACCUUACCAGUGGCAGAGUCUGUUGAUGCCUGUUUUACCGGAUGACAUGUUGGACUUUCUUGAUGCUCCUGUGCCCUAUAUAGUUGGUGUGAAGAACAAGACCCCGGAAGUGCAAACAAAGUUGGGAAACUCAAUAGUAAUUGACGUGGAUAAAAACCAGGUAAAAUGCCCAACAAUGCCACAGCUUCCUCAACAAAAGGACUUAUUGUCAUCCUUGAGUUCAUAUCAUGCAACACUUGUUGGUGAAAGCUUCUUAGCUAAAAGGCGUCCAGUUUAUGAAUGCACUGAUAUUCAGGCUGAAGCUGCCAGAGGUUUCCUAGCAAUCUUAAGAUCUUACUUGGAGACCCUAUGUUCAAGUUUGCGUGCUCACACCAUUACAAAUGUGCAAUCACAUGAUGACAAGGUGUCAUUGCUCCUCAAAGAAAGCUUCAUUGAUUCGUUUCCAGUCUGCGAUCGGCCAUUUAUGAAGCUGUUUGUGGAUACCCAGCUUUUCUCUGUACAUACAGAUCUUGUGCUUUCUUUUUACCAAAAAGACUACUGACAGCUAGAUAGCUGUAAAAGUUUGUGAUGGAGCAUGGAAGAGACUGUCCUCCUCAACCACAAUAAGUUUUCUUUUACUAGUUUUACACUCGUUGCUUGUAUCUUAUUCAAUUAAUUAUCUAUGUAAAUUAGUGGAAUAUAACAGACUGUAAGAUUCUUCAUAUUUCCCGGUGCGUAUUGUGUUUCAUGACUUGCCCCCAGCAGUUUGGAAUGGUGGCAUUCUACCUUUCUAGACGUUUUCAAAUAAAUUUUUAUUAAUCACUA